AUGCGUGCGACUUCUUCUCCGACGCAUCCUUGGCAUAUCAGGUGCCUGGUGGCCACUCUGGCCUUUCUUCAACCGCUCGGCGGGACGUCUGCGCAGCCCGGAGAGGUGGUCGUAUCACUGACAAGGCAGCGGAGGCUCUUGCCCGACAGCUGGGGGCGACGGCAAAGCACGGUCGAGUACUUUGCAGAGGUGGAAGUCGGUUCACCAAGCCAGAGCUUUCGCAUGAUCUUUGACACUGGGAGUGCCAAUGUUGUGAUCCCUUCGAGUCAUUGUUUAGCACCAAGCUGCCUGCAAAGCAGCCGCUACGAUGCCGGGCAAUCGAGCACAGCAGAGCGUGAGCUGUGCUUGAAAGACAUCGAGGCCAGCAACUACACCCGCGAGGCCGUGACGCUGACUUUCGGCACGGGACAAGUCACCGGCCACUAUGCGAAGGACCAGGUGUGCGUGGGACAAGGCCUCUGCACAGCCCUGAGCUUUGUGGAGGCCACGAACCAAAGUGAGCACCCGUUUCUCAAUGCGCCCUAUGAUGGAGUGCUUGGCUUGGCCCUUCCACAGCUUUCCCAGGAUCACGGCUUCUGCCUCUUCGACGAGUUGGUAAAGAGUCGGAAGCUUACCCGGCCGCUCUUUGCCGUCUACUUCUCCCUUGAGGGGGGCGAGAUCAGCUUCGGGAAGGUGGAUGUUAAGCGGAUGGAGUCCGAGCUGAAGUGGGCACCUGUCUGGAAGCCUGGAUUCUGGCAGGUGUCCCUCACAGAUCUGACCCUGAAUGGCUCCAAGACGGAUCUCUGCGGGGCCCCCGGCUCCUACACCGCCUGCGCCGCCGCCCUCGACACCGGGACUUCCGCGUUGACAGCGCCCACCCGCCUCGCGCGGCAGCUGGCAGAACUUCUCCAGGUUGCACCGGAUUGCAGCAAUUUCGAUGCACUCCCCACCCUUGGCUUUCUCUUGGAGGAGGUGGACUUGGAGCUGGAGCUGACCCCACAAGACUACGUGGAGCGGGAGGAGGAUACCUGUGAGCUGCAGCUGAUGGCGGUAGACGUCCCGCGUCCUGACGGUCCGCUUUUCCUGCUUGGUGAUCCCUUCCUGAGGCGGUACUACACCGUUUACGAUCGCCAGCGCCUGCGCAUAGGCUUCGCAUUGGCGCGCCAAAGCAUCAAUGAAAAGAGCGACAGGAAAGGCAAGCUUACCUCGCCCCAGGUACUUCUGGCCCUUGAGCACCCACCCACCAUGGCCCAGAAGCAGAGCCAGCAUGUUAGCGGGGCGACCGGUACCUCGCAAAUCAGUGGAGGAUCUUACAACGACUACCGUCAGAACCACAGGGAACGACUCGAGCGUGACAUCGAGCUGACCACGGGAAAGUUGGAGCUCGAACAGCGCAGGCUCGCGAAGUUGGACAAGGACCUGGAUGCCGCCACGUCCGAGCAGUCACAGAAGCUCUACAAGUACAAAGUCGACCCGAGCUUCAAGGAUGACCCCCCGGCCCAGAAGAAGCGCAAGGCUCUCCAGCUGGAAAGGAAGGUGGAUUUGGCCAUCUCGCGCUACAACAGGCUGAACGAAACGAACGACGGGCUGCGCGCGCAGAUCGACCAGCUGCGGAAGGAGAGGCAGCUGCUGGACCAGGUGUUCAGGAAGAUGCAGGACUCCAUCCGCAUCAACCGGAAGGACAUAGAACUAGCCAACCAGGACAUCGUCGCAAACAGGUCUGACCUCGACAAGAAGUUGCAGAACUGCCAAGCGUCGAGUAAGGCCCUGGAGAAGAAGCGGCGGAGCUUUCUGCAGCAGACGGAGGAGCUGAAAAGGCAGAUCAACGAGCAGAACAAGAAGGCCCGGGAGCAGGAGCUCCUGAGCCGGGCGAACGGGAGCCCUGGCGCGGGCGGGAGUGCCGCGGCCCGCCGCAAGAACUACAUGGUGGCCGAUGAGGAAGAGGCCUUCUCGGAGACCGCAAUGCACCAGCGCAUCUUGAAGGUGUGCUUCCUGAAUACCAUCCAGCGCAGGCAUAUAAAGCAGCACAUGAAGAACAUCGAGGUCUUCGAGCAGGCCUUCGCAACGAUUAAGUCCACGACCGGAAUCAGCGACAUUGAGGAGAUUGUGAAGAUCUUCGUCAGCUUAGAGCAGCGCAACUUCAGCUUGCUGACCUACGUGAACCAACAGAACCGGGACAUCGAAUCCAUGGAGAUUCAGAACAAGGAGCUGCAGAGCAUCAUCGACUCCUGCAAGCCCGAGGGCUCCGCGCCAGAGAAGCCCAAGGAGGGCUCCGAGGAGGAGAAGCAGUCCCGGGCCCUGCAGGAGACCUUGCAGCAGAUCAAGAGAACCGAGCAUGCCACCAACGGGAAGGACAAGGAUGUGGAAGAACUCUCCAGAAUCCUCGAAGAGUGCCGCCCGCACAUCUGGGAUGUGGUGAAGUUUCUGAAGGAGGAGAUCCCCGGCCUGGUCGAUGCAGGCUACGAGGGCGAUGUUCCGGUGAUGAAGGUUUCACCUCCGGACGAGCGGGACUCCCAGAUGAACCAUCAUCUCACGUAUGUGGAGGAGGCACUGAUGAUCUUUCGGGCAUGCCUGGCCAAAGAUGCUCGGACCGGACUCAGUGCGCAGCCGAAGAAGCAAGAUGGGGGAAGCCUCAAGAAACCGAUGGACAUUCCGUCUGCGGCACACUUCAGCCUCGUCCCGAAUGCGCAGGGUAACUUCGACGAUGACGAUGACGAAGAUGAAGAAAGCUUUGACAAGAGGCCUUACUCGCUGAACGAGCUUCGGGACAAGGCCUCCACAAGCAUCUCCAAGAGGAGGAAUAAGCGUGGCCAGCCAGGUGCAGGCAAUAAGAUGCUGGUGGGAGAGCACCGUAGCGACUAUAGCGAGACCGCAGCCGCGGAUGGCAGUGCCAUGAGGCGUUCAGGGUCGGGAAGAGCCCCAGACCCACACGCUUCCUUGUUCAGGGUGGUCACGGGUUUGGUCUCCUACGGUAUCCUGCAUGACUUUGAACAUCCCACGGUUCCCCUGCUACCCCGAAUUUCACUAUCGCUCUCGUGCAGGGGCUGGAAAAGGGCCUUGAGCGAAUGCCCUGAAUCCUGCAUGACCCCAUAG